AUGCAUCAUUAGGCCACUCCCACUUCCGGUAAGAACCGCUAUCUUGGGGAGCAAAAACAACCUGAAGCACAAUCAGCUACUCGGUGGCCAUUGAAUCGGAAAAUCCGAUAUAACUCUUCGGGAUUCGGGAGAAGACGUCCACUCCUGAGCGGGUGGGUGGGACUCAAGGAGAAACAUGACCGAAAAGAGGUAACCAUUUCCCCCGGCCUGAAGAACGGACGGAACCGGUCCGAUGGAGAGACCGGUGAAGCUACUGCUCUUUUCCGAGCUGCGCGUCCGCAACGUCUGCUACGAGGUCAGCCUGUGCAGGUCACUGCUUACCUGGAAGAGGCGAACCGCCAGCCCGGUGUAUCAUCCGUUUAGACCCAGUGUGUGUCAAAGUGUGUGUGUGUCAGAGAUAAUCAGCGUGCAAGAACAGGAAGAGGAGGAGAACAGCAGAGAAAAUGGCAGCUGGAAGAAGAUCGGAGAGAGACGGAAUAAAAAUGGCAGCUAUUCUUUCACAGUGUCGUACGUGGAGAGGUGUCGGCAACACCGCUGGCGGUGCGCUGACGUAACCUUCACGUGUCCGCAGGCGGGGUUGUGCCGACACUGGGUGAGCACCAUCAAAGAGCAGCUGGCAGCCAUUAGUUGCAGACCCACACAGCUUCUGGUGUACAUCAAUCCGUAUGGCGGCAAGCGCCAGGCUAAGCGCAUUUACCAACAGAAGGUGGCGCCGCUAUUUGCCCUGGCUGGCAUUGGCACACACGUCAUGGUGACAGAGUAUGCCAACCACGCUCGGGACCACCUGAGGGAGGAGGCGGAGCUCAACAAGUUCGACGGCGUGGUGUGCGUGGGCGGCGACGGCAUGUUCAGCGAGAUGGUGCACGGCUUGGUGUGGCGGAUGCAAAAAGAUGCCGGCGUGGACGUCAACGCUCCCGAGCAAACACUCGUCGCCUGCUCGCUGCGGAUCGGAAUCAUACCGGCAGGUUCCACAGACUGUAUCUGCUUCGCAACAGUGGGCACCAAUGACCCCGUGACGUCUGCCCUGCACAUCAUCGUGGGCGACAGCCAGCCGAUGGACGUAUGCUCGGUCCACCACGACGACAGCUUCCUGCGCUACUCUGUGUCACUGCUGGGGUACGGCUUCUAUGGCGACGUGUUGACGGACAGCGAACGGAAGCGGUGGAUGGGCCCUGCCAGAUACGACCUGGCCGGUCUCAAGAUGUUCCUGACGCACCAUCACUACGAAGGCACCGUGUCCUACCUGCCGGCCAGUAGCAGUGUCGGAGCGCCCAGGGACACGUCCAGGUGUCGAUCCGGUUGUUCGGUUUGCCAGGACAACCAGAAACUUUUGUUGGAGAGAGCCAACAUCUACCGAGUGGACUCCGACGUCGAUAGCGACAAUGACACCAACGACGCUGACGGCUGGCGGACGAUCCGCGGGAAGUUUCUGGCCAUCAACGCGGCCAGCAUGAGUUGCGCGUGCCCCCGCAGUCCCAAAGGCCUGUCACCUGCCGCCCACCUUGCCGACGGCACCGCCGAUCUCAUCCUGGUGCGCAAGUGCUCCCGUUUCAAUUUUCUCCGACACCUCCUGCGUCACACCAGCAAGGAUGACCAGUUCGACCUGUCCUUCGUAGAGGUGCACCGUGUGCGGCGCUUUCGAUUCACGCCCCGACACUGCCGCAGCGACUCAGAGCUGGAACUGGACCCGCCGGACGGGAAGCACCAGAUAUUCGGCAAAAUCUGUCGCGACCAUCCGGCCUGCGGCUGCGCGCCCGCCUUCAGCAGCUGGAACUGCGACGGCGAGAUCCUACAGCACACCGCCAUCGACGUCAGAGUGCAUUGCCAGCUGAUCAAGCUGUUUGCCCGUGGUAUCGAGGAGGCACCCAUGUUCGACGAGCUGACUCCUCCCCGCUCCAUGUAGACCGAACGCUUCGGACAUUCUGACGCCGCUUGGUUUCAAGUGGUCCGAUCGGUUUCUGUUCACAAGGGAAACUAAAUGUGCUUGCGCAAAACAAACAGAAAGGUGACACUGACACAUACAUAUGCAUAUAGCAUAUAGCAGCCUUAGGUUGAUGCCCAAAUUUAGUCGGGUCUGAAUUUGGAGAAGUGUUAGAACUGAUUGCUGAGUCUUAAAGUUGACCUGCUGGCCUGAAUGAGUGGGCAUCUAGGAAGCACGGCGUGGGUAGUAAGGCGCAAUGAGACGUCACACACUGUUACCGAUUUCAAAUCUGCUCGUUUGCAGAGCGUGUUGACUUACAAAAGCGAUUGCAAUCAUAUUGUAAUUUUUUUUUAAAGGAAUUUGGCAGCAGGUCCCCUUUAAUAUGGAAGCAAUGUAAGAGAUCAGUGUCCAUAAUACAUAUAAGUCGACAUAGGCUCUGUUCUGCCCUACAAGUACCGUUAGGUCUGUCGCAUGUAAAGUACAAGUCCUGCUAGUUUAACUAGCGUUUUGUUCAUGUUUAGUCGGCUCUGAAUUUGGAGUCCAGUUAAGUCUGACUGUUGAGUCUAAUCAUGAAAGCCUUGCUAGAAUUUAGUAUGUAUAACAAAUCCAAAUCAAGUCUAGUCCGCUUAAUGUUGUUGUUUAGUUAAGUCUGAGUUUGGACAUUUUGGAACUCACCAAAGAAUUUGGUCUUCAAGUGUUCUUGUUUUGUUGUGCGUCAGCUGCUUUUUCUUGCGUAAUUUGACUGUUUUAAAGAAAUGUCUGACUUAGGAAUUUUUUCAAAAUGUUACUUUAAAUGUGAUUUACUGGCACCUGUUACACGACAAUGACGAUCAUUCCUUGAAUGGUAAAACCGUGAUGCUGUUUCAUGUGGAAAAAUAGGAAAACCAAUUACAUUAGACCUCAUUUAUGCUUAAAAAUGACAAUUAUAUUUUAUUGUAAUGUAUUUUUUUAGAUUGUUUAAAUCCAACUUUUCAAAUUCAUUAGCAUCUGUUACAACGUCAAAUGCUGAACUUUGCCCUAUUUGGGAUUAAUGAAAAGUUGUUUUUUCUGAAGAACAAUUUCAUUUUUAAAAAUGUUUUGACUUUUUUCUUAUAGUUAAUAGUUUUUUGUUUUGUUUUGUUUUACUGUAAGAUAUAAUUUUAGAAAAAAAUACUUGUGAAAAGCUAUUGGUAGUUCUUGAAAUGUUUCAAUUUGUUAGUGUCUGUUACACAUCAACAACAACAAGAAUCUCCCUCAAAACCUAACUUAACCUCCGCUUUGAGCAGGACUUGAAAUUUUGUCUUGUUGAACUAAAAUAUCCUUUGGUGGCUCCUCCUGAAUGUUAGCAAUUAUACAAAUAAGGUUGGAAGUUCUCCAAGGAAGGCUUCAAUAGCCGCCACUAAUGUAGCGCUAUUCGUAGUCGUCUUUAUUUGUGUCUAUAUUUAGGUAUGCAUUUGUCUUAUAUCUUUUCUUUUUUUUUUUUUUUUCAUCUUUUCUGAACUGAGCUGGACUCAAGAUGAAGAUGAUGAAAAGUAGCAGUCCCACUGUUAGUGUCCAUGUAGCUCCUCCUUUUUUCCUAGUGGCUAACAGGAAAAACAAGCCAAUGCACACACUCCUGAGGUUUCACGCAAUGUCCGCGUUGGCUUGAAUUGUUACAAUGGCAACAUUGCUGGCGUCGACCACACUUUGCAUGCUAAUUGAAUAUCAUUAGCAUGCUAGCUGCUGGGCUUCUAUGCAAGUUUUUGACGUCUAUGCACUCCUGCUGCCAGUCAAAUAAAAACCUUUCAAAGUUCAUGUGACGUUUAUUUUUCUGUUCAUCUUAAGCCAUUUUAAUACAUAAUUCUCCACCCAACUAGGGUUGCCAACUUUCUGGGGGGAAAAAAUAAUAAGGGACACCUCAUUGGUAAAGCCGG